UCCUUCGAUAAAUAACAUCAGAACCAUUCAUAUUUCAUCAGUGUUUUUCUCUUCUCCAAAUUCCAAUCCUUCAAUUCAAUAAUUUAGUAAAAAUGUUGUCUUCUCUGCUGAACCCUUCCUUCACCACCACCCUUCCAAUCCAUUCAAUUUUAAUCCCUAAUAACCGCCGCGCCUCCACCGUAGUAUCAUGCACCUCCUCACACCUCACCACCAACAACCACUCCCAUGUUUCUUCGCCGCCGAACAUCAAGGACGAGGCCCGCCGCCGCCCCGCGGCGGAGAACGACUUCACGGCGAAGUACGUCCCCUUCAACGCCGGCUUCGACUCGCCGGAAACCUACUCGCUCGACGAAAUCGUGUACCGCAGCCGUUCCGGCGGACUCCUCGACGUGCAGCAUGACAUGGAGGCUUUAGGGCGCUUCGACGGCGCGUACUGGCGCGCGCUGUUCGACUCGCGCGUGGGGAAGACGACGUGGCCGUACGGGUCCGGCGUGUGGAGCAAGAAGGAGUGGGUCCUACCAGAAAUAGACCCUGACGACAUCGUUUCCGCCUUCGAAGGCAACUCGAAUCUCUUCUGGGCGGAACGCUUCGGGAAACAGUUCGUGGGAAUGAACGAUUUGUGGGUGAAGCACUGCGGAAUCAGCCACACCGGAAGCUUCAAGGAUCUCGGCAUGACCGUUCUCGUCAGCCAGGUCAACCGCCUCCGCAAAAUGAACCGCCCCGUCGUCGGCGUCGGCUGCGCCUCCACCGGCGAUACUUCCGCCGCGCUCUCCGCCUACUGCGCUUCCGCCGGAAUCCCCUCCAUCGUCUUCCUCCCCGCCAACAAGAUCUCCACCGCGCAACUAAUCCAACCGGUUUCAAACGGCUCUUUAGUCUUAAGCAUCAACACCGAUUUUGACGGCUGCAUGAAGCUGAUUCGUGAAAUCACCGCCGAAUUACCCAUCUAUUUGGCGAAUUCGUUGAACAGUUUGCGUCUGGAGGGUCAAAAAACCGCUGCAAUUGAGAUUCUGCAGCAGUUCAACUGGGAGGUGCCGGAUUGGGUUAUUGUACCCGGGGGCAAUCUGGGAAAUAUUUAUGCUUUUUACAAGGGUUUUAAGAUGUGCAAGGAAUUAGGGCUUGUGGAGAGGAUUCCAAGGCUAGUGUGUGCUCAGGCUGCGAAUGCAAACCCUUUGUAUUUGCACUACAAGAAUGGGUUUAAGGAUUUUAACGCUGUGAAGGCUGAGACUACUUUUGCUUCUGCUAUUCAGAUAGGGGAUCCUGUUUCAAUUGACAGGGCAGUGCAUGCUCUGAGGAACACGGAGGGGAUCGUGGAGGAGGCAACAGAGGAGGAGCUGAUGGAUGCAAUGGUGCAGGCUGAUUCCACUGGAAUGUUCAUAUGUCCACACACUGGGGUGGCUCUGGCGGCGCUUAUUAAGCUGAGGAAUCGUGGGGUUAUCGGUGCCGGUGAGAGGGUUGUGGUGGUGAGCACUGCACAUGGAUUGAAGUUUGCACAGAGCAAGAUUGAUUAUCAUUCUGGGCUCAUUCCUGGAAUGGGCCGCUAUGCUAACCCGCUGGUUUCGGUUAAGGCGGAUUUUGGAUCGGUCAUGGAUGUUCUCAAGGAUUUCUUGCACAACAAGUCCCCCGACUUUAACAAGUCUUGACGGUUGCCAAAUUUGGUCCAAGUAUUCGAGGGUUUUGAUUUCAACAACAUGCUUCUGGUGACGCAAUGCAUAUUUUCGUGCAUAACAUCAUUGUCGAAGAUGGAUCUCGAUCGAUGAAUACUUGUGUGGCAAGUAAAUGAGAAGAAAAAUAGUGCUACUUGUACAAGAGAUUUUUAAAUGUUUUAUUUUCAAGUGUAAUCACAUCGAAUAAAUCUUGAAUUGGAGCUAUUAAUGUAGCUUAGCGUUGCAUGAAAUGAACAAUUGAGAUUGAAGUUUAAGAUUUUAUGCAACGGAUUUUUUGUUCAUGUUUCUCACUAUCCCAUCUCAUGCUCUGGCUAGUUCUUUCUUUUUGUGUUUUACCAGAAACGAUCUUCUGCUGAAAAACCGGGGACAUUGAUAUGUGAUCAUCUCCA